AUGAAAGACACUCCUAUGGGCUCCCCUCCGUCAGGCCUAAUUGCUGAAGUUGUUUUUCACCAGAUAGAACACUUGGUGCUCACCAAGUGUCAACCAAAAUUUUGGGCUCGCUAUGUCGAUGACAACUUCGCCGUUGUCAAAACAACUGACGUUGAGCACAUAAAGGAACUACUGAAUUCGGCUGACCCGGACAUCCAAUUCACGAUGGAAGCAGAAACAAACGACCAACUGUCCUUCCUUGACCUGCUUGUGAGCCGGUGUGCAACUGGACGACUGUAAACCACAGUAUUCAGAAAAUCCACCGACACGAGGUAAAUCCUACACUUCAACAUCAAUCAUCCUCUGUCUCACCAACGUAGCUGUGUCCGCAAUCUAUUCCAAAAAGUCAGAACACAUUGUAGCACGCCGGAAGAUAAAAGAGUCGAAUGACUGUACCUCUUUGCAGCCAAUGAUUAUCCUAGACAUCUUAUCGAGAGGCAGACGCCGAGCGCACAGGCGACUGCCAAAUGACCAGCAACUCGAAGUCUGCAGGGUCGUUCCCUGCAUAAAAGGGGUCUCCGAGGCGGUAUCUCGAUUGUUACAAUCCGUCCGAGUAGGCAUGGCCCUUCGACCACAGGCAACACUGCGGUGCCGUCUGAUGCAACCGAAGGACACAAUGCCACCCCCUGAAACCUUAUGAGUUGUUUACAAAAUAAAUUGAAAUGAAGGCGACUGCAACAAUGUUAGGGAAACGAGGCGGAAAUUGCAGACCCCACUGCUCGGAGGCUAGACCCAAACUCCCCAAUUUGCAACGCAUAUUGGGGAAACUAUUCAUACUUUCGGCAGGGCCAAAUCAAAAGCAAAACGUUUAGCACUCGAGGCUUGGUACUCCGAUGGAAAAUCCAUCAACAGGGGAUCUGGACCUUCCUGCAGCCUACAAAGUCCUACGUUAUCACGUCUAUAGAGUUCAAAACUCAGUAACCACACUGGACUUAAGAAGGCCGUACAGAGACAGCCUGACGGCGAGUAUACUCGCUGAGGAAAAAAAGAAAAAAAUGAAACACCAGACCAACCGCCCGACAAAGGUCUAAUCACCUCCCCCCAUGAAGCGUUGACUCACAAAGCACGCCGAUAAAACGCCAGCCAACCAUCCCCCGAGAGGCUGAGGCAGCGAGAGAAGAUAAAAAUCGAUCAACACGGGGUCGACCAACGCGACAUGCCACCUGGCAUUCCUGGUCGAUUAAGUGCACUUUAUGCUUUGCCAAAGGGAAGCCGACUAAGCUCUUUGAAAAGUCAGCACCUAAAUAAACCCGUUCCGGUGAGCUCAUGUUUUUCUUCAAAAUGCCGGCAAAACCUUAUUUCGUAACCGUUCCUGUUAGGGGUUGGGGUUCGAGGAUAGGGGUUGGGGUUAGGGGUUAAGGUUAGGGAUUGGAAUCAGGGUUGGGGUUGCGCCGGAGCUUGUCUACUGCAGGUACGGCUACGAACUGAGAUCCCACCAGAAUGUCCUUUGAACCGAGUGUAAUGCAAGCAUGCUUGCUAUACGGAUUUACAUUUGAGCAGAAGUUCGUAGAACCAUGCCGUAGAAUAUGUCUACAAUCUGGAGAUGUUCUGAGGAACAAGUGGCUUGAAAAAGCUUCGCUUGGUUAAAAAUGCCUCGACGCUGGAGCACUUUCAGGAAGGCCCUCCAUUAUUGGCGAGGAAAAGUCAUGAGACGUUGAAAAAAUUUGAAAACGUCGUAUUGAGGAUCCUACAAUUUUUAUUUGGGUGACGAAACAAUUUAUUUAGACUUACAUUAACUAGAAAAGCCAGAUAAGCUAGGAAAAUGGGUCCCGUAAGUAAAUGAUGACAGGCUUCAGAGUCCACUAGUUUGUUGGCUUGCCCAUGAUGAAAAAUUGAUUCUCUGGCGUAAGGACGAAUGGAUCCCUCGCUGAUCGUCCUCAAAUGAUCCUACAGCACACCGUUCUACCAGUAUUGUCCACUAUCGUCUACGUUCAUAUCACACACCCCAGUCCUUAAUCUGGCGAUUCAUAGAUGGCUGUAUUCUUCCACUCAUUCUUUAUUGUUCUCCAGUUAUUUUUCCAGCUUUACUUAAAAAAGAUCUAAUUAUUUUUAAAUGUGUCAUUCGAAUGCUCGCCUCUGCUGCUGGUGUUUCCUAUCAUCUUUUAGUUGAUAUCAUCGUGCAGCGACAUUUCAACUCGGUGGAGCAGUUCGCUGACCGAAUUCUGAAUGACACCGUCCAUCCCCUUCAUAAUGAGUUAAUGGCUGCGAAAUCCUUACGCCCCACGCGUCGAUGCUUCCGCCACAUCCCUUGCCGCACUUCGGCCUAUCGGAAUUCCAUACAGCCAUUUCUAGCCCGGUAUCUCACCUGCAAAGAUGUUGAAAAACAAAAACUAAAACUCGAUCUUGCACCUUAAAGAUCCUUAUAUAAUCAUGUCCACCUGUCUGUCCAAAACCUGUUAAUCUCUAUGGAAAUCACUGUGUACUGGAGAACCGUUUUUGCUGAAAGUUUUGAAAGUUAUUUUCAAAAUAAAGCAGUCCUCUCUCUCUCUUCUACGCAAGCCAAACAACGAAGGCUGAGAUCUACUUCACGCAGUUGGAAGGUGCCGAGGAUUCGCUAUUUCAAAAACGACCAGGACUACAUAAUCGAGAGAAGAUAUCGUUCUUGCUAGACCCAUCUGGGAAGCAGUUGUGCGCUGUGACGGAAAAUUCUAUUUCGCCCUCUCUCCCACCACCUAUUCCUCGGACAGUCCUCUAACUGCUUAACAGUUUUACUUAACACAAGAUGAUCAUGUGUAAAAAAGACACUUUCGCAACAAAGAGGCGGUCGAAGCGGAGUUUGGUAGAUUUUUUGCUUCUUAAACACGAUUUUCUGCAAAGAUGCGACUUGCAAAUCUGUAUCUCAUUUGGAAAGCGUUGCAGGUUGUAAAAAUAAUUAAUUUGGCUAAUGAAACUUCCUCUGAAGGCACUUGGCAUGAUUUGCUUUUAAAUACUGAAGACCACACGAUUUUUUCCAUUUACCUAAUAAGAUCAAAGUGUUUAUUUUCUAGUAGCAUAGAGAACAUAGAUGCAGUGAACUCGCGCACUUUACUGCACCUUUACAAAGCACGACGUCAUGCACAGAUUCGCCUUUAGGGACAAAACCCAAAGUUCACCCAUGCAAUUAGAAAAUCAUUGUUGCGCGUUGACUAACCGCAAACCUUUACACGCUUCCGAGUCCAGUGUACUUUUAUCGAUCCGCUCUCCGCCGAUGAGAACCGGCCAGCUGAAAGCACGUGCUUAUUUCAAUGAAAAUACUUCAAUAUUGACGGUUCGACCGUCGUUUCCGACGUUGUCCACCGCGUACUCCACAGCAAGAUGAGAGCAGGCACGGUAAAUUGUGCAUGAGUUGGUUUGUAGCGGUAGUGGACUUUCACAGCAUCUGUCGCACUCUAUCCUUCCCCGACUGAGAUCGGUGUCAAGACAUAGUCAAGAAGACCAAGGGCGGAAGAGGCCGUAGGUGGUCGGACUCGUACCUAGGCGUAGCACCACACCCGCCACAAGCACUUGACCAGGACUUUAAUCAACAACAAAAAUGUGUCUGAAAGGGAAGGCUGACAUUAGUCACUAGGCAAUCAUGCACACGACCUGUGUCCCCAACGGGAGCGCAAACGCAUUCGUCAGCAGGGAGCCAGGUGCUAGAGAGCUGCCAGUGCACACCAGGCUCCGAGGGCCAUGGUUUGCUGAAUCGUGGCAUAGCAGACGAUUCUUAAAGUCCAGGAGGGUAAGACGUAGUCAGUCAGCCAUCGACUGAGAAGAAUUACUCAUAUCUAUAUAUAUAUACACUCCUCGCACGCGUGAGAGUGCCAGAGGUCACGUUAAAAAGGAGCUGCUGCAGUCUAACCCUGGCCAAUCAGCCCGCCAUUCCACACAAAAACAAAAAACUAGGUAGACUGCGUGGACUGAGUUGAGGCAUCGGUCGGCAAACCUCCAAGCCACGGCGCUUGGCGUACCCUAAUAGUCUCGGGCUCGGACCACACAUGUAACAGAGGAGCCACACGGGGAAGGAGCCGUAAAUCACACUUCCCAGUUAGAUGAGAGGUGUCAGUCGAGUGCUUGUGUUGUGUGGCGAUGGGUGAUUCUGCUGUGUGGUGCAGGUGCCGGUGGGGGAUGUGGGAUGUAGCCGGAGGUUGUCUGCCGCAGGUUUCGCGAGUGCGAAUGUAACCUAAUCGGCCCAUGCGGUGGCUAAGUGUCCGGGAGCAGUGAGGGCAGUUGAGGCCUAGGCGUCAAAUUUACGUGGAGGCUCCAGGCACGGGUUUGCCAGUCUCCGUGCGAUGGAUUCUCAAGUGACCGACUAGGUUGAUGUGGUAGUUGAAUAUGCGAUCGUAAUGAGAACAGGUUUAGACCGAGUCCACAUUGUUAGAGAUGGGGGCGCUAGUGGUGAUGGUAGCAGAUGAUGGAACGUCGGAAGUCGUCCUUUCGGUGAAGGACAGCGAGAUGUCGGCCACAGCGAUCGGCUCCGCCAACACCACGACAUCUCGACUUUAAUAUUAUAGGUUAAAACUUAGCGGCGCAGCCUAAGAUCUAACCUGAACCGACGGAAAAGGGAAAUGUCGAAGUUAGUAAGUGAAAAGGAGAAAGAAAAGAAGAAAAGAGGAAGGAAGAAGAAGAAGAAGAAGAAAGAAACAAAAACUAAUAGGACAUAUACUAUAAUGUAAAAAUUAAUCUUAGCGACAUCGUGAUUUCAGACAAAGCAUUCCCAGUAAAAUCUAAUAUCUUUUGUAAAUGACAAGACUAGAGAGAAGAUUUUGAAGAAGUUGACUUGUCCAUUGUCUGGGGUCAAAAAAUCGUGUGACUGUUUUGGUUUGAGAAAUAACCUGUAGAAUAAAGCAUCGCAACUCGUGGCAUUUUCGAUUGAAGUGCUAAAAGAAGCAAAACUAUGCGUAUUUCGUUUCAGAAAAUCGUUUCCAUAAACACCACGUUGGAAAAUUAAAAGUAUAUCGUCCAUUUUUGUCUGAAGGCGGUUUCGACUGGCUGAUGUCGAAAAAUCUUGGCAAGAAGGCCACCGCGUAAAUUCGAAAUAAAACGUGAAAACGCAGAUAUUUUGUUGUUCCUGUUUAACUGGAAUUCUCCUGCGUAAAAUCACUAGUAGGCAAAUUAAAAGAAUGUAGUAAAUAUUUGCUGGCAUCCAGCUCCACCAGGGGAAUAUAUUAAUUUAUUGUUUUAGUCUUUAGAGACAACACGGCGCCAUAUUUAAUGAACCAGCUCGACGCCUAUUAGAUGGCAGAUUUCGAAUAAUGGGUCCUUGCGAAGAAGGUGACGCCAUCGCUAAAGCAAGACCUGUAUUAGCCUGAAGUUUCGGAUUCUCACUCGACUCCAUCAUCAGAGUCAGAGUCAUGUAAGGGUGGUGAAUUGCCCAGGUGUUGCAGUAUUUAUAGGAUGUGGUUGCCAGGCCAUUAAAACCGUAUCACGGUUGGCAGCUCCCGAGUGCAUCACGGUUCGACUGGUCAGGUGCUGAAGUAUGCCGUUGCCACGCAGUUGCUAUGAGACUGUAUGCCAGUCAAGCUUAUCAGCUCCCACGCCCACUGCAAGCAGUCGAUUUGCGGACUGUGAUAGCAACUACACCUUAUAAAUACUGCAACAUCGGGGCAACCCACUAUCCCUAUGUAUCUGAUGAUGGAUUCGAGUGAGAAUCCGAAACGUCCGGCUAAUAAAACUCUCGUUCCAGUGACCAUGUCUCCUUCUUCCGGACUACUUCCUGGAACUCGCCUCGUCGCUUCUAUUAACAAAUGGGUCCUUUCUGACCGCUACACGUAUUCAGACCGGCAGGUCCGGAAUUCGAACAGGGGUUCAGUUUGUCUGAGUCCCAGCCUCUGCUUCAUAUUCUGCUAGCUGCAAUCGGGAGCACUCACGUAGGCAAUGAGAGGUGCGCUCAUCAAUCUGAUGGGGAUCGCGGCACGGAUUGCUGACGUCCCAGAACAUGCAUCCAACGUGCAUGACCUUGAGCGUGGCUAUGGAGCCACCUCGUUCACCAAGGGAAAUGUUCUAUGCUCUCCACCCUAAGGCGGAAGAAAACCUUCUCUCCGAGCUACAAGACUAACUUUUCAACACGCAGUGAAAUUUCCCUGUCGUUACUUCUAGGGACAUGCGAGCUAGGCCCGGAGGCUGCGGAAUGCUUCUCACCCUGCCGAUCGUAGACCAUCUUUCCAAGGUAGCCUGCACCACUCCGAGGUUUGAGAGUGAUCAAUAAUAUACUGGUGAGUGAAAGCGCCAGCGAUGUUACUGACAGUUCGACCGUCGUUGCCGACGAUGGCCACCGUGUGCUCCACGUCAGGGUAAGGGCAGGGACAGUGACUUGGCGUGGAUUAAUUUAUAGUGCUAGUAGACUUGUGCAACAGCUACCGCACUCUCUCCGCCUUCCCCAGCCUGAACCCGGUGUCAAGACAUAGCCCAGGAGACCGGGGGGUGGAAGAGGGCGCAGGUAGCUGGUACAGAGAAAACCCGCACCUAGGCGUACUACCCUACUCCGCUGAUCCAAAACGUACACUGACCAGAAGUUAACACAACGAAAAAAUCAGUGGCUACUGGGAUCCCCACCGUCGCGACGUGGGUCUGUACCCGUGCGUGCUACUACAUCCCCAAUGUUUGCAUUAGUUUUUCAUGUGCGUUACAAUAUCAUCUGCGGGAACCCAAACUAGUCGCCGUGCGAGAUGGUCACGUCUGGCUUGUUAUGCCAGCCAGUCCUACCCCAUUAUGGCCGCUAUUUAACUACUAACGGGACUCUAGUGCUGGCCUCCAGCACCCUACCCCCUGGUCCACGACAAACACAUGACCCGGAUCAACGUUGUUUGCAGUUCUUGGCCAGACCCGGAUGUGAGAGUGAAGACGUCUGAUUCUCACGUAUGUCCUGCCGAAAGGCAUCCGCUAUGCGGUGCCGGAUCGGGAAUGCUGGUCGAACGAAAAUCUGAGUAGGACUGAUUUAUGUGGCUCCCUACACAGGACAGGAGAACGGAAACCGCCUACAAUACGGGUGGCUUUGAACCAACUUCUAAUGAAAUAAGGACAUUUACGGUCCGGUUUGGGGUUAGGUUAAGGAUCAGAUUGGAAGCUAGAUUCAAAUUCAACUGUAAGGUAGGUCAGGAUCAGGUUUUGGGUUAAGGUAGAGGCUAUUUUUAACUGCGGAGUCAAGCUUUAGGGUGCGGUUAGGAUCAUGAUUAGGGCAAAGGUUUAGUUCUACAUUAGGGUUAUUGAUGGGGUUAGAACACGAGCAUAUUUCGCUCCUUCCGGAAUUAUGCGCAUGUCUAGGAGAACACGUAAGUCAGCCCUACUAAAAUCUGACUCAGUUAUAAUUACGCCAUUCGAAGAAGCGUAGUACCCCGUUGUCUUCAAAAGGCAUCCACUUUUCUUUGCGCAGGAACAAAGAAAAUCUGAAGGAAUCUGGUCUGCCGAAAUCUGUUCUCUCCGGCCAAAGGAGCGUGAAGGAAGAGGAAAUUUUUCAGACAGUGAAACUGACGAGACAAAGGAAAAAGCUAAUGAGACUGUAAAGAUUCGAUUGGCCGAACCCUAAGACCCUUUCACUCGACACCCUUAACAAGGAUCUCUCCAGACAAGGCAUUAAUUCCAGACCAACGGCAGUUCUGCGUUGUGCAUCUACCUGACUCACCUCACGAAUUCCUGACCAUCGUCCGUUUUCUCAUGGCCCUUAGCGUCUGGAUUGAGAGUUAGAUUAUCUCAGCCCCACUUCAAGAUCUUACUUUGUGAUAAUAACGAUAGUUCCUUUGGGGAGCCCAGUUCACAUCGAAGGACCAAUGUGCGUGUUACGCAAAAGGCACUGCCACUGCUGCUACCAAUGAUGAUGAUGAUGAUGAUGAUGAUGAUGGUGGUGGUGGUGGUGGUGGUGGUGGUGGUGGUGGUGGUGGUGGUGGUGGUGAUACGACUACAAGGCCCUCCCUCCACCUUGUAGAUUUGAAGAGGCGGCUGCACAAGGAGGGCUUUGAAAUGGUUAUAUGCAGAUGA